UUAAGUUUCAGAAUGAAUUGUUUGGUUCCAGAAUGACAGUGACACACCCAUCAAACUUUCCAACUUUUUGGAAGUUGACUUUGUAACUGAGAUAACAACUCAGUUGAAAAAUCAUUUCUUUGAGAUCAGUCUGAUAUGACUCUUACUCAACAAAAACUUGAUGAAUUAGAAAUCAUAGAAAGUAUUUAUCCAGAGAAAAUUGAGGUUGACAAUCAUGAUUUGGUUAAUUGUCAAGAUUGUGCAAAUGAUCCUGGAAAACAUCCUAUAUUAAGGUUCAACAUCAAAUUUGACCAGCUCCAUCUUGAGGUUUUAUUACCCAGCGAUUAUCCAGAGGGUGCGUCUGCAGAGAUAAGAAUAUCAUGGUCUGCUUUAGAUUCCAGCCAAGAAUUUCAAAUUGAUGACUCAAUAAAACUCAUCCUUUCUGAAAACAAAGGUGAUUCUGUCAUACUGCUGGUUAUGUCAGAGCUGACUAACUUAUUAUUGGAUAUAGUUAACGAUCAGUUGCAGUCUAGGAAUUUAGAGGACUCUCCUGCAGACUUUCCUGAAGCUUCUAUCUAUUCAAGGGUGUGGUAUUAUGCUCAUCACAUUUACAGCAGGGAAAAGCGCACCAAUAUGCUCCAAUGGUCAAAAGAAUGGUGUCUUACUGGCUUUAUUUUACCAGGAAAACCUGGUAUCAUUUGUAUUGAAGGAUUGAAAAAAAAUUGUAAAGAAUUCAACUCUCGGGUACGAGCUAUGAAUUGGCAACUCUUAAAACUUCAACAUGAAGAACCUACUCUGUCCUCAGAAGAAAUGAAAUUCGAAAAUUUUAAGGAGUUAAUCUUUGAUGUUCAUGGUAGAGAUAACAAGCAUCAAGAUUUAGGACAAUUUAGAACAUUUCUUUCUGAAAUUGGUUUAGAUAAUGUAUUUCAAGUGCUUUUUAAUGUGUAAAAUUUAAAUUCAUUUAAGAUGGCAUUGAGAAAACUAUUUGGCCUUCCUACUAGGCCAGAUUAAGUGUUUCUGGUAUUUGAACCUACCUAUUUGUAUGGAUUCUACUGGAUAUGCUGACCAAAAGUUGUUGUUUAGCCGACUAGAUAUUUGCUUCAGCAUGAAAGGCUCAUUCAUUGCCUUAGUCAAAAUGUGACAAUUUAAUAUUAUUUAAAGUAUUGUAUUGUACAUUGUAUAUUGAGUUUCAAAUGAAAUCAUCA